AUGGCGGGCCGGUCCCGGGCGAAGCGCUUGGAGCCGGAGCUGCCGAGCCAAGGGAAGCUGGACGCGGCGCUCCUGGCAGAGGGCGGCAGCCGGGCCCUUGGCCAACAGCUGGCCUCCGCUUUCGAGCGGGACCUGCCGGAGGACUCUGGCCGAACAAAUGGACGCACGGCUGGCCUCUCCUGCCGAUACAAGGGCACCUACAUGGAGGAUCGCUGA